GCCGCGGGUCAGCUGGUCCCAGUCCCUCCCCGCGCCCGCCCCCCAGCCGUCCCGCGUCCCCUCCCGCGCCCGCUCCGCUCCACUCCAGCCCGGCCCGGCCGUUCCUGCUGUGCCCUGGCCGGCCCACGUCCCGCCGCAGCCGCAGCCGCAGCCGCAGCCGCUGCUGCCGCCGGCGCAGCCGCCAACCCCACCGGCUCCGGCUCGGGGUCCGAGGCCGCGUCUCAGGCCGAGCGGGCGGCCGGAGCGGGGCCGCGGCCCUGCGUGCCCGCCCCUGCCGCCGCCGCCGCCCGCACCCGCGCCCGCCGGGGCCCGGAGGGAUGUGGAAGCCACAGGAUGCCCGGCCUCGGCACCGGCAAGAGGUUUAAGCCCACCAAGUACAUCCCCGUGUCCACGGCCGCCGCCCUCCUGGUGGGCGCCUCCACGCUCUUCUUCGUGUUCACGUGCCCCUGGCUGACCAGAGCCAUCUCCCCAGCUGUGCCCAUCUACAAUGGGAUCGUUUUCCUCUUUGUGUUGGCCAACUUUAGCAUGGCCACUUUCAUGGACCCCGGUGUCUUCCCUCGAGCGGACGAGGACGAGGACAAGGAAGACGAUUUCCGGGCGCCCCUCUACAAGAACGUGGAGAUCAAAGGGAUUCAAGUACGGAUGAAAUGGUGUGGGACCUGCCAUUUCUACAGGCCUCCACGCUGUUCUCACUGCAGCGUCUGCGACAACUGUGUCGAGGACUUUGACCAUCACUGCCCCUGGGUCAACAAUUGCAUCGGGAGACGCAACUACAGAUAUUUCUUCCUCUUUUUGCUGUCGCUCAGUGCCCACAUGGUGGGCGUGUUUGCCUUUGGAAUGGUCUUUGUCCUCCACCACCCUGACCAGCUGGGGGCAGCCCACACAGCCAUCACAAUGGCCGUCAUGUGUGUGGCUGGCCUCUUCUUCAUUCCUGUCAUCGGCCUCACUGGCUUCCACAUUGUCCUGGUGGCCCGGGGCCGUACCACCAAUGAGCAGGUGACGGGCAAAUUCCGUGGAGGCGUUAACCCAUUCACUCGAGGCUGCUAUGGGAAUGUAGAGCAUGUACUAUGUAGCCCGCUGGCACCCAGAUAUGUGGCAGAGCCCAAGCUGAAGCUGGCAGUGAGCGUGAAGCCCCCCUUUCUGCGCCCUGAUCUCUCCGACAGGCAGGUCUCGGUAAAAGUCAGUGACAACGGAAUCCAGGCCAGCUUGAGCCGCAGCAAGUCCAAGAUCAGUCUGGGAGGGCUGGAUGAAAAGUCCCUGGACCUCCAGCCUCCCAUGCCCCCCAAGGGAGAGCCCGGCAAGUAUACUGAGCUGCAGGGGAGCAGUGAUGAGGGUGGCCUGUCCCCUAAGCUGACCAGCCCCCCAACUCCUGCCAUGUACAAGUAUCGGCCUGGCUUCACCAAUAGUUCCAAGAUUCACUACCACGCCACGGCGGACCAGAUCACCCUCCAGGAUGGCAGCCUGGGGGAGGACGACGGCGGCACCCUCGACUACCAGUCGGAGCCCAAUCUGGACCUUCCCGACUACCACCGGAGCGCCCUUCACAAGACCUACCAGUCGUCGCCCCUCCACAUGGACUCCUAUGCCGCCAACUCCCGGUCGCUGAGCCUGAAGUCCGCCAGCAGGCAGGGGAUGGACCAGGUCGCCCUCCACUCUCUGAAGCCCGAAGGAGCCCCCCCGACCCCGUACAAGGCCAUCUUCUCUCCCAACUCCCUGUCUAACCGCAACAGCAGCCUCUCUUACGACAGCCUGUUGAACCCCAUGUCGCCGGCGGGCCGCAAGUGUCCGGCCCACUUGGUGGUCAGCUCGGCGGGCUACCACUCGCCCUACCUGUCGGCCAAGAUGUGCCACCUGCGCGGGGGGGAGCUGCAGCGUCCGGGGCCCCGCAGCUUCAGCCCCGUUCUGGGCGGGGGCGGCCCCGGCUCGCACCCCCGGGACCCUUCGCCCGUACGCUACGACAACCUCUCUAAGACCAUCAUGGCCUCCAUCCAGGAGCGCAAAGAGAUGGAGGAGCGGGAGAAGCUCCUGCACUCGCACCCGGACUCGGUGUUCGGCGACUCCGGCGUCUACGACACCCCCAGCUCCUACAGCCUCCAGCAGGUCAGCACGCUGUCCUCGGACGACCCCCGCAGCCUGGCCCUGCCCUGCGGCUCCCGGGAGAACCUGACGUCGGCCAGCAGCGGCUUCGGCGCCAGGAACCCCAUGCUCCAGUCGUCUCUGUCCUCCCUCUCGGGGGUCAUGGCGCGCGCCCCGAGGACUUCCACCACCUCCCUCCAGGCCGACUUGGCCAAUAACAACAUUCAGAGCCACCAGACGCUGCAGGGCCGGGGAAGCGCUGGCCCCUACAUGUCCCCGGCCCACCAGGUCCCAUCCUCCCCCUCUGGGAUGCCACGCUCACCUUCCUAUGGCGGCCCCAAGGCGGUCUCCUUUAUUAACACUGUGGAGAUCACAGAGCCGCCCCCUCUAGGAGUUCAAAGGGAGCAUAUGUUGCUGAAGACCCCUCAGAGUAUUCUAAACGGACAGUCCAAAGGCCUUCCCCGAUUGGGGCCUGUGGCCAGCACCCAGGGGGUGCCCGGAAGCCCUAGCAGGCACACCAGUGUUAAGAAGGUGUCUGGAGUAGGGGGGACCACGUAUGAAAUUUCAGUGUGAAGAGGGAGCUUCCCUGUCCCGGCCUUGUGACCUGCGGCACCCUGAAGAUCCAAAACGAAGGCGGCGCCCCUGGGGUUUGCCUGCUGUUUGUCCUGUUGUCUCUCUGCCCCCCUCCAAGCCCGCCUCCCUCCACGGCUCCCCGGCCCCCCACCCCCAAGGGAAUGGGAUGAACGGUCUGGAGAACUGCCUGGCUUGGAGCGUCAGGGCGGGGUGCCCACGCCAGAGAGGUCCCGGGCGCCAGGGGGCCUGGACUUCCCACGCCAGGCCUCUGGAGCAGCCCGAGCGCAGCCCCCGUGUGCCGCGCUGCUCUGAAGACGGGGCCAGACCCCACCUUUCGACGAACACGUGCAUGUCUGUGUCUCUGGGUUCUACGGUCCUUGACUGUCCAAGAGGAGGACGGGUGGGCCGCAGGAAGACCCCCUCGGCAGGCACGGGGCCUCCCGGAAGAAAUGGCUUGAAGUUGUUCCUCGGCCCAGCCUCCAUCCACGUGCUCCCAGCACCACGGCCUCCUCUGAGGAGGCGCUGCACUGGGCUUGUGCCCUGGCCCGUCCAAUGGCAGCGCCCGAUGGGGCAGUCGGAGCGGCUUGGGGCUCCUUCCACCCCCCAAGAGCUGACUUGCCUUCUACCUUCCUCUGUUCCCACGAGACUUUCCACAUUGGACGGAGCUCAUCCGCUCCAGGCAGAGCACACAUACCUCAUAGGUUGGACCACAAAGAUGGCGGACGGGGUGAGUCCACGAAGGAUCCAUCGAUGCUCUCGAGAAGCAGAGAAGCCAGCCUAAAAGCCCCUGUGCUCGCUGAGCAAUGCGUGAGAAAGGAGGCCCGGCCCUGGCCGAAACUAUGCAGAAACUGCUGGCCAAGUGCGUGCCCGAGAUGCCGCCCCUACGGUCUUGCGGCCCUGCCUAGCUAGCUCCUUGCAUCAGGGCGCAGGGGCUGAAGCGGAGGGGACAGAGGCGUGUUUCCAGGGACGAAGUGAGCACCCGCCCAGCCUCUGCGCCUUCUUAAGAGCCCCUCGCCUCGACGAUGAAGAGAGGAGCGAAGGACAGAUGCCACCCUACGCCUGCUGCUCUUGGCUCUGGGGGAAGCUUGAACGAAGGCCCUGGCGAUCCCCAGAAUUCUUUGUGCUCUGACUGGCACGAAGAGGCCAGCCGUUCAUCUCAGCCUUCCUGGAGCCGGGAGCCUUGGUGGACGCUUGCCUGGACCAGCAGCUCCCAAAGGGCCUCACGUCGAGGUAUCUGGCACCGCUGGUGGGCACCCGGAUGCUUCAGCGAAUCCCCCUGGGCUUGGCACUUGAACCCCCGACGUCCUGUCGCCAUUAACGAGUUGCCUUGUUUUUUUGGAUUGCGUUUCCCCUCCUCCCUUCCCUCCCGCACCCCUCUCUCCCUUCCCCAAGCUCCUCCGCUUCUCAGCUUUGAGAAAGGGGAGAGUGGGGGCCCCCUCUGUAUUUGCCAAACCCCCUGUGCCAUGUGUGACAACGAGGGAUGUGUGCGCAUUUCCCAGGAUGAGUAGCAAUAGUUCAGAUCUCGCAUCCCUCUGUCCGUGGGUCCCCGUCCCCGGCUCCCCCGUCCUCCCCAAGCAAACGACUCUGUUGUCUCCGUUCUCUGGUCUUUUAGAAUUUGUCAUUUGUCCAUGCCUCGUAUUAACUGUGGGGGGGGGGCGUGCUUAUGGCUGUGGGGAGAUGUCUCGACUUGAAGCCUUAACUUUUCUGUGUUUCUAUGGCUGGGGGGGUUGACGUAAAUGGAAACCAUUAGCUAAUUAGCCUUGGGAGUCCUAGAUCCGGGGCUCGCCCUGAUCUCUCCGGACCCCCAAACCCAGAGCCCAGUUUCGGCCAUUAAAAUCGGCCCUAUCAGGAGUUGGGGCCACGGCGGUGCUCAGGUCUACCCCGAGGAGAAGCGCAUCUUCAUCAUUUGCUUUGGUGGGGGUUGAUUAAGUAUUUUUUUUGUGUUUUAUAUGCUUUUAUUAGAGAGAGGAAGAGGGAGAGGAAGAGGGAGAGAGAGAGAGAGAGAGAGGGAGAGGAAGAGGGAGAGAGAGAGAGAGAGAGAGAGAGA